GACACGACUCGUACCAUUGUACACACUGUCAACUGCUUUGCAUGCAACGAACACGUGCAUGUACAAGAAAGACAUAAAUGGACCUGAUUGAACGCCGCUUAAUCGAGAUACCUGUACUCAAGCUACAGACAGCAAAGAUCUGGCAACAUGAACAAACCAAACUAUAAACUGGCAGAAGGUCUCGUCCCAGCGAACUAUGUCCGGCAAGCCGUGGAGAGCAGGAACACGCGUGAAAACUUGGUGAAAACAGUGCUGUCACAGCGGCGCCUCCCCGUGGGAGGAUGGGACGAUGCAACGAUCAAGCUAUUUCUGCAAGAUCUGUCUCUCAUGGACAGCAAUAACUUCAAUGAGUAUUCUGGGGCUGGAGAGAGAGAGGGGCGUAUAGAGAGUUCUCUUGUACGUGACAUGCACAAUGGUAUGGGGCACGGUAUCGGCCGGUCAGGCGACAUCUCCGCGCACCAACCCAAGGCCGCGGGGUCAAGUCUUAUGUCCAAGCUAACGCAGUACUUUAUGCUCGAAAUCCUUAAACUCUCGGGGGCGACGCGUACUAAAUCUUGCUAUGUGUUCCCGCUUGCCACGGGUAUGGCUGUGGUUAUGUGUCUGUUGGCGUUGAAGGCCAAGAACCCAACCGCCACACACGUGGUAUGGCCCAGAAUCGACCAGAAAACCUGUCUCAAGGCUAUUGUGGCCACGGGAUUUAUCCCUGUCGUCAUUGAGAAUAUCACAGAGGAUAAUGACAAAGGGCCACAUACCACGGAUGAGCUACGCACUGAUCUCCCAGCCAUAGAAGAUGCCAUCAAACGUGCGGGCGGGCCCGAGAAGGUGUUGUGUGUCCUCUCUACUACGAGCUGUUUCGCACCCAGAGCGUUUGACAAAGUGUCAGAGAUCGCAGUCAUGUGCGAACGCUUAGGGAUCGCCCAUGUCGUGAACAAUGCAUACGGUGUCACGUCGUCCUUGAUCAUGCAUCAUGUCAAUGAGGCCAUGCGGUUGGGUCGAGUGGACGCCUAUGUGCAAAGCACAGACAAGAACUUCCUCGUGCCAGUGGGAGGGAGUGUCAUUGCCGGCCCUGACAAACACCUCAAGGUGGCGGAUGUCUGCAAAACAUACCCCGGCAGAGCUAGUGGCACCCCUACUCUGGAUGUGUUCAUAACGCUACUCUCUAUGGGCUCCAAUGGUUACAAGCACAGACUGCUGCAGAGAAAGGAGAUAUAUGAGAUCUUGAAGCAGAAGAUGAGUGAGGUGGCGGCCAAACACGGGGAACGCUUGCUCCACACACCUCACAAUCCCAUCUCGCUCGCCAUCACCAUCACACCCAGGCGUCGCGCUAGUAGCCAGACUGAGGUGGGCGAUAGGGAUGCACAGGAGCCCGAGAGUACGAGUGGUACAUGGGAUACAGUAGGGAAUGGUAUGGAAGCGCUCGAUACCAGGCAGGUAGAACCAGAUUCGCACACAGAUAUAGAUACGGCGAGCUCAUCCACCAGGCACGAACUAGAAAAGCAUAAAGCCUUACAUGCGAGCCACAGCGGAGGUGUACAGGAAGUACCAAUAGACACUAUCACAUCCUUCAGCAUGCUGGUGGCAGUCAGCGACGAGACGGAGAACGCGAGUUCUCACACCCCAACGAAGUCUCACCGGGAGAGAAAGGAGAAGCUAGCAACAAACGAAGGUAGUAGCAUAAGCAAGACCAGUGCACAACACUCUGCCGCGAGAUCAGCGCCUCGGCCCAUCAAUCCUCACCCAGACUCAGAUGCCACAGAUGUGACACGAUUGGGUGCCAUGUUGUUCCGACGAGGCGUUUCAGGCGCACGCGUUGUGAGUGCGGAUGAUGUCAAGGUGGUGGCUGGGGUUUCGUUCAAGGGCUAUGGGGCUCAUGCAGACGCGUACUUCACGCCGUACCUGACAGUCGCGGCAGCGUUGGGCAUGACCAGGAAGGAUGUGGAACAGGUUGUGGAACGGAUAGACAAGACAUUGACUGAGUACUUUGAUAGUUAAGUUAGUUAGGCGGAUGGAUACUCAGAAUACUCUGGUAACUAGGUCAAUGGUUCAGGAAUAUAAUACCCACGCAUACGAGUACCUCCCACUAUGCUUGAUGGCCGCUACUGCGAUGGAUAUGACUAUUCAUUGGGUGCAGUAGAUGGUGCAGCAAGCACACAGACCGCAGUUUGAACAACUCGAUAGUUAGGCGUCAUUGAUUCGUAGGAUGACACAAUGAUGAGAGUGCAACUGAUUAGAGGUGGCCGAUGUUUGAUCGAAACGGAUAGAAAUUUCGCUGGGGGUAUACUUCCGACAAUCGGGUUAAAAUUGAUAGACUGCAUGUUGGGUGCAUACUUUAAUAUCGUAGUUCGGAUAAAAGGGAUUUGUGGGUGUGAAUUUCGACAGCCAGGCGUAGUAGAUGUACGGUGUUUCCGACGCCUUUCCUAGUAGACUAAGCCGUAGUCAGAGCUGGGAGUUGGCCUACGACUUCUACCGAAAAUUGCUCUAUAUCAAUUGUCCGCAAUCUACUGUCACCGGCCCGUGUCGUUUGUGUUGUGUCAAGGGCGAUAUCUUCAGUAGAUUCACCGCUGAAAUAUAUAUCUCAAAACCGCCCACGGACUGGUCGGUAACGUCCAGUUGCUACACAACUACUAGUUGAAUCGACGAGAAUCACUGCCUAAGCAAUAUGUGAGGCAGAGGCAUGGACAUCCUAAUCUUUCUCAUAAUCAAAAUGAGUCCAGCGCUGAUUGUGAACGGCAGUUGGUCGCCGGCUUGUGCGUACGUUGGCAUUCAAAGCCGCGUUGCAUCCCGUGAGAAGACCAUCGCCAUGUCAAUCAGGGUCGCCAGAUCCUCACGUACACAAACACCUGAACCCGUGCAGCGCUUCAAAUGUGGGAUUAUUGAUGGCCUGUAAUUCGAGCUCGUACACCUGAGUGAUGGAACGACUGUCAGGGACACGGAGUUCGCACUAAGAUGUGAUCUCAAUCAAUUUAGUAAAGUAGCAAAACAGUAAUCGAAUGGUGGAACGGAAUUAAUGUGUGGCAUAGAACUAGUUUCACCGUGACGUCUGCUGAUGAAAUAAUCGGUGCAUACUGAAAGCCACAUACACGCCAUAGUCAUAGAAUCACAGAUAGUUCGCAUGAUUCGCAAUGGCUCUGUAUAAUCAACGGUCACACUUUUACGCUCAAAUAGUAUCCGAAAAUUGCAUUCCAUUGCAUGCACAUAAACAGACAUGUCGUUUGUAAUAGUACCAGAUGAUUCUAACAUCUUGC